AUGGAUGAUAGUUUAUGUGGACAAAUUGAACAUAUAAGGAAACAUUUACCUGAUAAUUUAGACGCAACUACAAAACUCGAUUUUUAUCAAAUUGAGGAUAUUAAGAAAUAUUGCCCUGAUGAAAACUGCAAUACUGAUCUCGAUAAAAAUACAGCUGGAUUUUUAUGGUUACUUGGAAAAUGUUAUUAUGAAUCCACAGAAAAAAAUUAUGAUAAAAAUAGUAUUAAUACAUUUUUUAUACAUAUGAUUUCAUGGUUUAGUUACAAACUAAAGCAAAUUUCAUAUGACAAAAACAUCCCACUAAACGAUUUUUAUAAUGAGCAUGUAAGAAAUAAUUAUAAAUAUAAUAGUUUCACAACUCCUGCUUAUACAAUUGCAGAUCUUGGGAAAUUCAUGGAUGAACGAACUGAUUUGCUCAAUAUUAAUAUUGAAGAUUUGUCUAAAUUUUAUGAUGCAUCUAAAUUAAUAUGUAUUAUGUAUGGUAAUGUUGCAAAGAAUGAAAAAUAUGACAUACUGUCAAAUAAUGCGAAUGAUUUUGUUCAAAAAUAUACAGAGCUAAACAAAAAAUAUAAUGAUGAAGAUGGCCCGCAUAGUAAAAUAUUGUCUGCUUUAUCAACUGAUUAUAAUAAUUUAAAAAAGAAACGUAAAGGUUUCCAAUCCCUUCCAGAUAUACCAGGAUCUUCUGCAUUAGCAUCUACAUAUGAAGUUACAUCAUUAAGUUCGUCGACAGGGACCAGAUUAUUUACAGUUUUAUCGAUAUUUGGUGCAAUAGCAUUUUUUUUAGGAAUUUCUUAUAAGUAUUCGUUAUUUGGAUUUCGGAAACGAUUUCAAAAACAAAAAUUAAGAGAAAAAAUAAAAAAUAUAAAGAAGAAAAUGGGUCAUUAA